AUGGCUGGCCUGAUUUCUUCUGGGAUCAUCAAGUGGACGGCAAGCAAGCUUUCUUCACUGGUUCCUGCACCAUCUGGGGCUUCACCAUCCAAUGAGCAGAGCUCUGCACUCAGGGAUGUGAGGACGCUGCAGAGGACAAUGACGAGGAUCCAACGAACACUUGCUACCACCGAUGAGCACGACACCAGAGAUGCAUCCGAGAGGCUUCGCCUUUGGGAGCUCCAGCAGUUCGCCUACGAUGCCCAAGAUGCAAUCGACGAGUACAAGUUUGAGCUCCUGCGGCGAAGGAUGGAUGACCCGAACAGUCAUGGAGAUGGCAGCGGUAGCCGUAAACGCAAGCACAAAGGGGACAAGAAGGAACCUGAACCUGAACCUGAGGAAGUCUCAGUGCCGGAUGAGUUGGCUGUCCGAGUAAGAAAAAUCCUAGAAAGAUUUAAGGAGAUCACAAAGGCAUGGGAUGAUCUCCGUCUGGAUGACACAGAUACAGUAAUGCAAGAUGAGGAACAUAGCAUCCUCCCACUGCCUACUACCCCACAUGUAGAUGUGCCUACAAUCUUUGGUAGAGAUGAAGAUAAGGAAAAGAUAAUUAAGAUGCUUCUAUCUGUGGAUUGUGCCAAUGGAGGAGAUGUGUCAGUUCUUCCCGUUGUUGGAAUGGGUGGAGUAGGAAAGACAGCCCUUGUUCAACUAGUGUACAAUGACCGAAGGGUUCUGAACAGGUUUGAUCUGUUGGGCUGGGUUCAUGUCUCAGAGAAUUUUGAUCCCAAAAUUAUAAUGAGCAAAAUUAUCAUGUCGUUUACGAAAAAACCGUGCCAGACGACAGAAAUGGAUCAGCUCCAGUAUAUGCUAAUGGAACAAGUUGUUGGUAGAAAGUUGCUGCUGGUUCUUGAUGAUGUGUGGAAUGAGAGAAAGGAUCUUUGGGAUGCACUGUUGUCAGCCAUGUCACCUGCACAAUCAAGCAUAAUAUUGGUAACUACUCGCAAUACAAAUGUGUCAACCAUGGUCCAGACAAUGCAUCCCUACACAAUGAGCUGCCUACCUUUUGAGGAAUCUUGGAGACUAUUCAAGCAGAUGGCAUUUUUGCACCAAGAUGAGGGUAUGAAAACAAACUUUGAGGAUAUUGGCAGAAAAAUUGUUCAGAAAUGUGCUGGCCUGCCUUUAGCAGUCAAGGCAAUUGGUAGCGCGCUUCGCUUUGAGGAGAAUGAGGAGAAAUGGAACUAUAUAUUGGAGAGUGAACAAUGGGAGUUGCCAAGAGCAGAGGAUACUGUCAUGCCAGCAUUGAAAUUAAGCUAUGAUCAAAUGCCAAUCCACUUGAAACGGUGCUUCGUUUUCUUCACUUUAUUCCCUAAGGGACACAUUUUCUUGAAGGAAAAUGUGAUAUACCUGUGGAUGUCUCUGGGUAUCCUUAGGCGGACCGGCCAGAGAAACCUUGAUAAUGUUGCAAGGUGCUUCGAUGACUUGAUUCAGAGGACUAUGGUUGAGAAAAUAAUUUUUGAUGGAGGACAUGGCUGCUUUUCCAUGCAUGACCUUGUGCAUGAUCUUGCUUUAUUCGUCUCAUGUGAAGAUAUUUUUAGAGUAGACACUCAGUACAUGCAUUCUUUGAAUGAAGCAUCAGGAAGCCUUAGGUAUUUUUCUUUAGUUGUGAGUUCUUCUGACCAUACUAAUUUGGAUUUGCGUACAUUACCGGUUUCUGGAGGUAUCAGGAUAUUUCAAGUUGUAAAUUCUAUGGAUGACAACAGACGAUAUUUUUCAUCCUUCUUCAAAAAUAACAGAAGACGCUUCUCCAAGUUGUUUUCACAUCACAUUGAUCUUACAUUCCCUAAUGAUCUGUGGAGCAGUUUUCGACAUCUGAGAGCUUUAGAUUUAAGCCGCAGCUCCAUGAAAAUUUUGCCAGAUUCAAUUGGAGAACUGAAAUUGCUCAGAUACCUCAGUAUUUUCCAAACAAGAAUUUCCAAGCUCCCAGAAUCUAUUUGUACCCUUUACAAUUUGAAGAUCUUAGAUGCGAGAACAAACUUUCUUGAUGAGCUACCACAAGGUAUUCAGAAGCUGAUCAACCUCCAGCAUCUCAGUUUAGACCUGUGGUCUCCCCUGUGCAUGCCAACAGGCAUGGGAAAUUUGACCAAACUACAAACCUUAACGAGGUAUAGUGUUGGAAGUGGCAAUUGGCACUGCAACAUUUCUGAACUACAUUAUUUGGUGAAUAUCCAAGGUGAGUUGACAAUUACAGGAUUAGGUAGAGUGGACAAAGUUGAUGAUGCUCAAACAGCCAACCUGAUUAGCAAAGAACAUGUGCAGAUUCUAAGGCUAGAUUGGUCUGAUGGAUUCUACUCUCGUGAAUGUGACCACAAUUCCAGUCAUGCUGAUGUAAAAGCAACACCAGAGCUAGCAGAGGAGGUAUUUGAGAGCUUAAAGCCACACAGAAACUUGGAGGAGUUAGAGGUAGAUGAGUAUGUUGGGCACAAAUACCCAAGUUGGUUUGGAGAUUCUGCCUAUUCACAACUGGCCAAGGUGACUUUGUGGAAGCAAGGCUGCAAGUUCCUUCCAACACUUGGCCAAUUGCCCCGGCUGCGAAAACUUGAAGUUAUACGCAUGGAGGAAGUAGAGAGAAUCGGACAGGAGUUUCAUGGCAAGAACUCCACAAAUCGGUUCCCGGCAUUGGAGGAGCUAGAGUUUGAGAAAAUGCCGAAAUGGGUGGAGUGGUCUGGAGUUGCUGAUGCUGACUUCCCUUCACUCCGUCAGCUGAAAAUCAAGGAUUGCAAUGAAUUGAGAAUCCUUCCACAGAAGCUAUCACCCUCUUUGAAAAAUUUGGUCAUCAACAAAUGUGAAAGGCUGGCUAGACUGCCAACUGUUGCUAACCUCACUAGCUUACUCUUGAAGGGUAAUUUUAGCGAAGAAAUACACAGCGGUUUGGAUUUUCCAGUGCUCAAGGUAUUAAAAGUGUGUUUUUCACAAGAACUUGUGAGCAUUGAACUUAACAGCAAGGAGCUACCAAUGCUUGAGGCACUAGCUAUAAGUGGAUGCAGGAGGUUAUUUUCUGUGGAAGGAUUAUGCAGCCUUAAAUCGCUCAAGCUUCUGAGCAUUAAGUAUUGCCCAAACCUGCAGUGCCCUUUACAGCCCCUUCCACAACAGCUUCAGCAAUGUGAAAUCACAAACUGCCCUCAGUUGCAGGAAUGGGCUAAUUGGCAACAGUCUCUAAUAGACAAGGAAGAUAAGCUACAGGAAUUUGAUAAUGUAAGCUAUGAUCCGGAGGUUCUUCAUGCACUGAGUGAUGAUAGUGAGGACGAUUUUGAACCUUUCGACGAAGAUGAAGACGACAAUAUCUACGAUGAAAUGCUGGAUGUUGGGCAAUCAAGCCGGACAGCAAUUAAUGGCGAUGAUGAAAGUGACGAUUAUGUCUGA